UUUAACUUAAGUGAUGCUUUUGUGUUUUUAAUUUAUUAAAAUUAAUUAACUUUUUAUUAUUUUAUAUUUAAUUUAAAUUUAUAAAAAAUAAUUAAUUUCAAAUAUAAAUGAUAAGUAAAAUCAUUGUAAGAAUCCCACCUGCUGCUUUUGUUUCGACUGGUGCAACUGGAACAGGGGAAAGCUCUACUUAUCCAGGUCAAGAAAUUCAAGGACGUUUGGUUAAUCAGCCAUUUGCAACUUUGGGAGAAGGAAAUGCAGCGACAUAGUCGACUGUUGCAACUUUGGGAUUCUGAUUUCAAGAUAAGAGGAUGGUCACCAGAGGAAUACAUGCUCUUAAGCGAGGUAGACUAGUCAUGCAAGUGGAUGAUACUUGGAAAUCAUAAAUUCUUCAGGCAUCAGUUAAAAGAUCAAUUGUUAUCAACAUCUUUGGACUCAAAUACACCAACACGUAUCUUGUUGAAAGUAGCUGCAUUGUUGAUUGAUCCCAAGCAUCAAUGGUCUUGUAAGAUAGCCACUUAUCUUUUGCAACAGAACAUAUAUAAGAUUUUUCGGGAGAUUGUUAUUACAGGAAGGGCUCCAUUGCUGGUUUUAAACUGGUUUUAA